UGGUGGUGUAUUUAAGUCUGUCUCUGACACAUAGAGCAGGUAAAUCCUCGCCUGUUGACGCCAUGAUGUCAGCCUGCUCCGUCCUGUUCACCUUAGUGCUGUUCUCUGAGCUGAACGGCCGCCUGGUCACUGUGGCUCUGCCCUCGUCCAGUGCAGAAGAUGCAGCAGCAGAUCGGGUCGGCUUGGACGGCGUACUGGACGACGACUCCAUGCUGAAACCAGCCAUCAUCCGUCCAACGUACAGGAGGAGCCUCACGUUAGACGACAACGUAAAGGAUGAGGAGAGCCCUCAACUGGUCAUCAUAUCGGACACGAGGCUGAAGGGGCGAAGUUUCCGAGGGCUGAACUCGGCCUUCGCCCGGAGACUCGCAGAGAGAAGCCCGGGCGACUACAGCAUGAAUGUUGAUCGGAGAGAUGACCUGAACAUGCUGCGAUGUAUGAUAGGACGAGUGUACCGGCCGUGUUGGAGUUCAUAACUUCUGCUGCGGCCGUCUCAACAAAGAAUUUCUUCCUAUUGUGUGUUUGUGGAAGUAGAGUGCAGAAAUACCAUGGACUGAAUAUGAGAACUGGACUGAGUGACCCCUCCCCCGAUCGUGUUUCAAUCAGGAAGUACUCGCCGGCUCAGAGAAACCAAAGUCCGACAGACUUCUAAAGACACGAUACAUGUUUUGUAUCAUGUUCCUGAUAUUCCAAUUUUUAACGAUUUUUUUUUUUUGUAGUUCAAGUUAUAAACGGACGAAUCAGAUGCCUCAAUAAAAGUGGGAGGUGCCUGCUAGCAUCAACGUAUAAUGUUGCAAAGUUUAAUUGACAGAUUUUGUUUAGCUUACUUAUUAACAGACUAACUAGUUUAAUCCUGAUUGGGCGAGACUGGUUGCCAUAGAAACUCAGACGGAUCGCUGCAUAUUGACAUCUGGUUCCAACAUGGCGGCGUCCAUAUUGCAAAAAAAAAUGGCAACUACUUUAAAUUUAAAUUGGUCGGAGCAGAAAGUAAACCAUUUCGUAUAGAUGACAUCACUCGGUCCAGGUCUCAGAUACAAUCAAUGAGACAAAGAUGUGCAACAGAAACAAAACUUUAUUUCUACAAGCUUAUUAGAUGAAAGCUGAAUUUGAAUUAGAAAAAAUAAAGUGCAAUGAAGAACCAACGUGUCACAUUUCAUGAGUUCCUGUUGCAAAAAAACUCAGUGUUUGUGAUAUAAGAAGUGGAAAUAAAAUUCAAGUCAUAAUAAAACCACAUUAAAAAAAUAAAAAUA